AUGGGCUGGUUCGAUGGAAAAUCCCCGACCUCCUCGUCAUCUCAAAGGCAUCACUCUCGUCGACGCUCCUCCCCUUCCCGGCGUUCUACGUACUCGUCCUACAAUGCCCGCCAUUCCGCACCAUCAGUUUUCAGCCUGGGCAGUGGUGUCAAUCGUGCAGGACGAUCCAGCCCAUCGGUGUUCUCCUCCUCAUCGUCACGACGCGCACGGCCCAGGGAAGGGUUUGUCGCACGGAUAGUUCACAUCAUCCAGCGCAUCUUUCGCGAUGCGUGGAAAUAUGCACGCGACCACCCUAUAAAGGUCCUGACGCUGCUCGUGAUCCCACUUCUGACAACUGGUGUCCUGCAAAGGCUAUUGGGCAUGAUCGGUAUCCGUUUGCCAAAGAACCUCCUCGGAGCAUCGGCGCUGCGACCUGGCGGGGCCGGCCUAUCGGACAAUAUCAGUGGACUGUUCAGCAUUGCCAAAAUGUUCAUAUAG